GCUCAUCCACUUUCAGUCCCGCCAAACGCCCGCUGUACCGCCGUCGACCACCGCGUUCCUCCACUCUUCCACCACGAUGGCGGCUUUUGCUUUCUCAGCUUCGUCUUUGUUCGGUUCGAGAAUUAGCGAACCAUUAACCUUAAUCUCCUCGAAACCGCCGUCCAUGUUGAACUUCAAAAGAACUCCACUGAUUAAAAUCUCAUGUGAUUACUCUUGCUUGGAAGUUAAGGAUGUUUAUUAUCGACCUCCAGGGACACAGAUUAACCUUCUGAAUGGAGUUAGCUUUUCUCUUCCGGAGAAAAGCUUUGGCUUAAUUUUUGGACAGAGUGGAAGUGGAAAAACUACCCUCUUGCAGCUACUUGCAGGGUUGAGCAAACCAACGUCAGGUUCUAUUUGUAUUCAGAGAUAUACAGAUGAAGGCAAACCAAAUCAAUCUCCGAAAUCUUUAGUCCCACAAAGAGUUGGUAUUGUCUUCCAGUUCCCAGAGAGGUAUUUUGUAGCGGACAAUGUACUUGAUGAAGUUACAUUUGGCUGGCCAAGGCAAAGGGGUGGACCUCAGUUGAAGGAGCAUCUUGCAUUAAAUCUCCAAAGAGCCUUUAAUUGGGUUGGAUUGAAUGGUAUCACCCUGGAUAAAGAUCCUCACUCAUUGAGUGGUGGUUACAAACGCCGACUUGCUCUUGCAAUUCAAUUAGCACAAAUCCCUGACUUAUUAAUAUUGGAUGAGCCUCUUGCUGGUCUCGAUUGGAUGGCACGUGCAGAUGUUGUGAAACUUUUGAAGCAUCUGAAGAAAGAAUUAACUAUACUUGUUGUCAGCCAUGAUCUCAAAGAGUUAGAAGAUUUCGUUGAUCGAUCUUGGAGGAUGGAAAUGGGUGGAUUUCUGAGGGAAGAGCAGCUAGUUGUUUAGUAUAGGACAUUGCCUGGUUGGUUGACAUUUCUUUCUGAGGUUUUAUAAUCUCUCUUUUCCUUCAAGUUUUCUGAGUAGAUUCAGGUAUUGAUGUAUCUCAAUGAUGCAAUUCCUUGAGGUGCAUUACAUGCGGACCCAGAUUUUCUCAAGAAAGAAUUCAGACAAGACUUAAAAAGUGCACAUAAACACAUCUUCAGAAGUCUACAAAAAACUAAUUGCAUAACUUUGUUAUGACACCCAGAGGGAUGAGGCAUAUUUCUCCUAAUAGGCUUCUUUUAUUGAGACUGUUAACACACUCGAACACUUUACGACGGAGCUGAAAUGGUAAAGCCACAAGAUUGCUGAAAGCUAUUAGUAAGCAUUUGUUGCCAUUCCUUCAUUACAGCUCCAACACCAAGUCUACAAUAGCAGCAGCAUAAGAUGGGCAGACAUGUUAUAAAAAACUAGUUACUCAAUUACUUGAUCGCAAUUCGCAAAGCUCAAUACAAUCUAUUUUGCUACUCUAUAUGUUAACAUCACAAUAAUAAAUGGGUUUAGGAAUAUA